AUGGACUGGGUCUUCGGCGUCGUGCCCACGGCGGAGAGCCUGAAGACCUACAAGUACCGGUCGCCGAACCUGUCGCUCUUCGAGCGGCUCUUCCUCGACGACUUCUGGGGCUGGCUCCCGGGCCACGUCUACCCGGCCUGGCUGGCGCCGAACGCCAUCACCUGCGCGGGUCUGGGCGCCAUCGCGGGCAUGACCGCGCUCGUGCUCCGAACGUCGCCGGACCUCGCCGGCGCGGCGCCGCGCUGGGUCUACGGCGUCUGCGGCGCCAGCGUCUGGCUCUACCAGACCCUGGACGGCUCCGACGGCAAGCAGGCGCGCGCGACGAAGAGCGGGUCGGCGCUCGGCGAGGUCAUGGACCACGGCGUCGACGCGCUGGCCACCGUG